UUCUCAACACGGGCUUCCUCUGACAACGGUUCGUUCCUCUUCGUGAGCUCAGAGACACAGAGAGUCCUGGACAAAAUGGACGAGGGCAAGACUUUAGAGAAUGUGGAGUUAACAAAAAUGGAGCCAUUAUCUCCUACCAGCGAAGACCCGAUCUCCACCGGCUCAGAACUGAACGUUCCAGAGAAGGAAACCCCCAUCGACGAGGCUGAGGUUCCUCCCAUCGCCCCGGGGCCCGGCGAGGGGCCGGUCUCUGCACAGACAGCUGCGCAUGAACAACAGUCGAAUCUGAAGAUCGGAAAUAGACCGUACCGUCUGAUUUGCCUACUCUGCCUAUUUACAGCCGCCCUCAUCAUUAUUGUGGUCGCACUCUCGAUCCAUGUAUCACUGAUUCGUCAGUCUCAGAUCACCUCCAACCGAGACUACCAUCUCCUUUUGGAAGAUUAUAACGAGAUGAACUUAACCCUUGAAUCCAAGAUAUUCGAGAUUUCCCACCUGAAUCUCUCCCUGAGAUCCUGUCUCAAGAAUCUCUCUACGCUCAACUCUAAUCUGUCCGAUCAUAAUCGAAGGCACAGCGAUCUCCGUCACCAGUUCACGGAGAUGAAAACGAAGAUCAGAUCUGACAAUGAAGUCGAGGCUCGAUUCUGUCAAUCGAUGACUAGCAGAAGAGAGCAAGAAUGUUCCAAGGACUGGAUCCGAAAUGAAGACCGCUGUUAUUUCAUAUCCACGUUUACAAGAUCUUAUGAUGAGGCGAAGCAGCAUUGCUGUAACUCUGAAUCAAUCCUUCUUGAAAUAAAUUCCACUGAGGAAGAGCAUUUUGUUAACUACACUGUCGGCGUCCAGGGCAAUUCAUACUGGAUUGGAAAAUGCAAAGACGGGGACGUGACCUCUAACGUCGUGUACAAUAUCAGCGCUGGAAAGUUCGAAUGCGGUGAAUGUAAAUCCAGAGAAGGUCAUAGUUGCAAUAAUGAUCAGCACCGUUUCAUCUGUGAGAAGUCGGCACCCUUGUGCCCGGAUUUUGCUGAAAUGAUCCUGUUUCUCUGUGAAGAGCCGCCGGGGUCGACUUAUAUUCAGGAGCAACUCCCUCUUUCUCCCCCAUUUCUCUCUGCGUCUCUCACUAACCGGUCCUCUCUUCCCUAACCCCCGCCCUAUUCUCCUCUCUCCUUCUAUCUCUGUCUUACUAGCCAUCUCGCCUUCUCUUUACCGUCGUCCCUCUAAACUCUCUCUCUUAUCCGCCUCCCCAACUAUCUUCUCUAUUGCAUGUUCGUUUUCCUUCAUCUCGCUUUCUUGCCCCCGCUCUCCCAUCUCUUCUCUUCACACUUUCUCCCAGGAUUCUCUACUCUCUCGCGACCUCUAUCUCCCUAACCCACUCGGUCAUUUAUCUAAAUCAACUCCAUCUCUCUUUUCACUUUCCAGCUACUCUCCCCUCAAUCAUAUAACCAUGUAACAAUUACAGCACGGAAACAGGGCGUCUCGGCGCUUCUAGUCCGUGCUGAAUGCUUACUCUUACCUAUUCCCACCUACCUGCACUCAGCUCAUAACCCUGCAUUCCUUUCCUGUCCAUAUACGUAAUAAUAUUUUAAUAUCAAUAUCGAACCUUACUCUACCACUGCUACAUGAAAGCUCGUUUCACACAGCUACCACUCUUUGAGUAAAGUUCCCCUCGUGUCAUCCCUAAACUUUUCCCCCCUAACUCUCAACUCAUUUCCUCUUGUUUGAAUCUCUCCUACUCUCAAUGGGAAAAGCCUACCACGUCAACUCUAUCUAUACCCCUCAUAAUUUUAAAUACCUCUGUCAAGUCCCCCCUCAACCUUCUGCUCUCCAAAGAAUACAGACCUAACCUGUUCAACCUUUCCCUGUAACUUAGGUGUUGAAACCCAGUUAACAUUUCUCGUAAAACUCCUCAGCACUCUGUAUUUUGUUGACCGCUUUCCAAUAAUUCGGAUACCUGAACAGUACACAAUACUCCAAAUUUGGCCUCACCAAUGCCUUGUACAAUGUUAACAUUACAGCUGUUACGUACCGUGGGUAUCUUGUUCUUGUCACAUGAGCAUGAUGUAAUUGUUCUUCUGGGGAUGAUCUAAUAGACUUGUAAUGGUAGAGUGAUGUAUUUUUUUCGCCAGUGAGAGGUCUUGUGAUAGUAUUUAUGUCUACAGGGUAACAGUAGAACCCUUCCCUAUGACGCAGGUCAGUUUGUGUUUGUAUUCGUCUGUCACUCCGUCCUGCUACAUAUUCGAUGUUAUGACUCAGUUUUGUUUUAAAGAGAAGAUAUACUUUCUGCCUUAAGUCUCAAAGAGAGUUGCCGUCAGUUUUGCUACAAUACUGCCAGUUUACUCCAGUCGGAGAGUGAAGAUCUAGCGAAGUUCGGGAAGCUGAACGAUCGAGGAAAGUUGUUGUCGACGGUGAAACAGGUUCGACCUGAUUUAACCUUCGGAUAAGGAGUUAGUAACCUGUGUCCAAGAUAGCUCCUGCUGAAUCAGCAGAAAGAGUUGGAUGCAGAGUUUUGCCAACGAAAGUUCAGGGACUUUAAGCCGUUUUAUUUCCUUCGCCGUGAAUCCUUCGCGAAGGGCAUAUUUCGGCAUCAUUAGUAACGUUGGAACGUAGGUGAGGAAAUUGUUACUUCUUGGAAAAACUCUCCGAACUCACUGUGUAAAUCAUUUGGACGUUUGCAUUAUUACUUCUAAGAACUGUGUUUGCAUUAUUGCUUUAACGUUUGCUCGAGCUGCCGUA